UUCAAGUAAGUUAAAAAGAGCCCAGCCCGUUAGGUCCAUACUCGACUACCCAAGUAAACAUCAGGAUUCAGGACCCAGGAGAAUUGCGAAUGCGAGCAACAGCAAGAGCAAGAGCAAGAACAAGAGAAUGAAGAUGGGAGCGUUUUGGGGGACGCGAGUCAUGGAACUAGUGAAGAAGCACGAUUCAGGAGGCCUCGUAUGGAAGAGAAUCAAGCUCACUACUACCCGUAAAGCCAACGCCAAGAAGCGUAUUCUUCGAGUCUGGCAGAACGAGGCUGUAUUAAGGGUGUGCUCAGAGGUACCACCUUCAAACCCGAAUUCUGAAGUUGUCUGA